GUCGCUCAAUCGGGAAAGAAGUCAAGAGGGGGCACGUCCACACAACAUUUUCCAAGCCUGUGUGUCUUUGUUCCUGUCUUGCUCAUCAUCACCACCGCAGCUGCGCCUCCUUUUCCUCUGCUUCGCCAGUUUUUAUUUCCAGAAAUUCCAAUUCUGCUCGAACAUUUCUACUGCAAGUCACCUAAUCACACCAGCUGCUUUCUCUACUACGAACUCACCCCGCCAAAUCCCACGCUCUCUCCCACCACCCCUCUCCAUCAUCAUGUCGGAACAACCAGCGGCUCACGCGAGCAGCAGCACCUGGACGACCUUCCUCAAGUCCAUUGCCUCGUUCAACGGCGACCUUGCCUCCCUCACGGCCCCUCCCUUCAUCCUCUCCGCCCAGUCCCUCACCGAAUUCUCUUCAUACUGGGCCACGCACCCUACGAUCCUCACGGCGCCCGCUGCCGAAGCCGACCCUGCCAAGCGCGCCGUUCUUGUUCUCAAGUGGUUUCUCAGCACCCUGAAGCACCAGUAUGCAAGCCGCAGCGAAGAGUUUGGCAACGAAAAGAAGCCCCUCAACCCUUUUCUUGGUGAGCUCUUCCUGGGCACCUGGACCGAUGAUGCUGGUGAGACCACGCUUGUGUCUGAGCAGGUGUCGCACCACCCUCCCGCCACAGCCUACUGCAUCCGCAACGAAAAGACGGGCGUCCAGCUCGAAGGCUACAAUGCGCAAAAGGCGACCUUCAAGAGCACUAUUAUCGUCAAGCAGAUUGGUCACGCCGUGUUGACUAUUCCUGUUGGUGGUGAGAAGGAGACCUACCUGAUUACACUGCCCUCGCUGCACAUUGAGGGUCUCAUCUUUGGCGCGCCCUUUGUCGAGCUUGACGGAUCCACGCAUAUUACUAGCUCCAGCGGUUACUCGGCCAAGAUUGACUACAGCGGCAAGGGCUGGCUGUCGGGCAAGAAGAACUCGGUGACGGCGACGCUAUUCAAGACUGGCAGCGAAAAGGACGUGCUCUACAACGUGACUGGCCAAUGGAACAAGGAGUUUGAGAUUUACGAGGGCCCAGCUAAGAAGAACUCGAAAUCGACCCUAGUCGAAACAUACGACGCUGUGGCCGUCCCGCAGACCGAGCUGAAGCUGAAGCCCAUUGAGGAGCAGCACCCGCUCGAGUCUCGCCGCGCCUGGUUGGGCGUUGCCGAGGGCAUUCGCAAGGGCGAUAUGGAUGCUGUUCAUGUGGAAAAGACCAAGAUUGAGACUGCCCAGCGUGCGCUGCGCGUCAAGGAGAACGGCGAUGAGAGUACUUGGGAGCGCCGCUACUUUACGGCGGUCGAGGGCGAGGAUGCGACACUAGAGCUGCUUGGCGCGGCUGGUUGCGUGCCUGUCGACGGCGACAAGGACAAGACUGGCGGACUGUGGCGCUUUGAUGCGGCCAAGGCGAAGAAGGCGGCGGAGCAGAAGCUGACGGCCGAUGAGAUUGCGUUGGCCAAGAAGCAGUGCCUGGGACAGUAGAGGGUCGAGGCUGAAGAACCUAUAAAAUACACGAUGUGAUGUGAAUAACUUAUUACUAAGAAUGAAUAGACUUGUACCGUCUCUAAUGCCACC